AUGUCCAAGUACCAUGGUCUCACCUCAUCUGAGCCCUUGGUCCCUGUCAACAUUGCGCCCGACGAUCACUCUCCUUCUCCGUCAGUGCCUGCUGAACCUGCGGAGAGCCCUAACGCCGGUCGUGCUCGCUUCCAGUCGGCCACUCCACGUCCGGGUGUCGAAGCCAUCUUGCGUCGUGACAAUCCCCAUGCCUCCCAUGGUCUGGCUGCCAACCCCCCGGCGGAGACACCGACAUCAGCCGGCACUCCAUCCAAGAAGACAGCUCACGUCACGCAAGCUGGCCGCGAUUUCUGGUCUGGGUCAGCAGUUCUCGCUGCCGCAGAGCGUCCAAACGCCACUGCAACUUCCUCCGAGCGUCGCCCCUUGCCCCUAAAGCCUCGCUCGGUGGCUGUUGAUCGUGCCUCGUCUCCGAACGGACAUGCAAACGAGAAACCGGCGCAGCCUUACUGGAGUCGCAGCAACUCACGUGCCGGUGCGGACUUCAAGUCGAAUUGGCGCGGUGGUGCAACUGCCAAUCCCUCCGUCGCUUCUGGAGGCGUCAAGUAUCCCGGUGCCUCAGCGGAUGAUGUAUCACCGGCCGACCGUGGCCCUGGGUCACAGUCACAGAACCCGAGGAAGGCUGCUGGCGACCUGGCUCCGUCUUCUCAGCAUCCUUCUCACGGUGCCAUCGCAGGGGCGGGCCGUUCCGCCCAUGCGCGAGAGGGUGGAUUGUUCAGCCGGAACAACAAAGAUGCUUUGAAGCCUACGAAUACUCGCGACCUAAGCGCUCUUGCGAAGGGUUCGAGCAGAGACCCCGCAGCUGCCCCGAAUUUGCAGCAUCACGAUCGCGAUAUGCGUGAAGCUCGUCAUCACGGAACUGGCAGCCAGCAGGCGAAGACGCAUGCAGAGAUGUUGGCCGACGAAGAGAAGUCAUGGUUUUAUCGCGAUCCACAGGGUAAUAUCCAAGGGCCGUUCAGCUCAUCCCAGCUCAUUCAGUGGGAGAAAGACGGCUAUUACGAUGCAGAGCUUCCUGUAAGCAAAUCACGUGAGCAUGGUUUUAAGCCGCUUGCAAUCGCCUUCGGAAUGCGAAAGGAGGAAGUGCAGGCCGCCUCUCCGCCCCCUGGUUUCGUAAACAGCUCUGCGGCUCCGAAGAACGAUGGGCCGAGAUCUUCGUCUCCGAUGUCUAUGCGUCCAUCUCGAGAGGAGCAAAAUAGGCGCGGCACACGAACUGUCGAGGAAAUGGCUCAAGAAGUUGAGAUGAUGCGUUUACAAGCUCGCAAUAAGCGACUGGUAGAUGCCGGGAACGCAGAAACUGUAAAGGGUUCCGCUGGAAAAGAAAGCUCCUUCUUCGACUCUCAUGAUGGGACAGCUAAUCAGGCCAACGGCCACUCAGUAGCUCAGGAGGCGUCGGGGGGCAGAGUGGCAGACGUGAAUAAAGCGGAUGAAGUGAAAGAAGCCCCUAUUACUAACAAGGGUGAAGUUGCUGUGGCACCUGCGGUCGGAGCACUCUCCUCGAAAGAAGCGCAUGACUCCGACCCUCCGAUUUCACAGAGUCGAUUCGCAUCUUUCAUGGGGCAGGGAAAUGACUCACGGGAGGACAAGUCUCAAGAAGUUUCUCGAAGUGAUUUGGGCAACCAGCAAGUGACAUCUACAUCUCAGCGACAGGGCCAUUAUCCAGCAGACGAGCAGCCUGCCAAGGAUAGUAAUAGGUUGGGGCUAGGCGAAAGUGCUGCAGGAACCGCUCGCACGGUGGACCCACCUUCUCCAGAUCCUCGAGUGGCUACGGCCUGGACAUCGAUGAUCGUGGGCCUACAGCAGCAGCAGCAGCCUCAUGAGGUGAUGCCUGCGCAACCAACCAAACCUGCUAAUGCGUCUGAGCAAGAUCUUAUGGCCAUUGACCCAGCCAUUGCUCAUGCAUCAUUUUCUCAAUCUUCGAUUAAGACUCCAUCCCCUCCAUCGCCUCGGGUGAGUGCGAACGAACUUCCACCGUGGCUACACUUGAGCAGUGGACUAGACACUGGCAAGGAGAAGCAAGUGCAUGAUGCCCUUCAGGACUCUACGACAUUGCCGGUCCAGCAAAGCCUGCAUGUUCCCCCAAGUACUCAUUUCACCGCCCAUGAACAAGCUCAAAUGCAAGCCCAAGUUCAAGCCCAAGCUCAGGCUAGAGCUCAAGCAGAGGCGCGGGCCCACGCCGAGCUACUCCGCCAGGCUCAGCUACACGCGAGACAACUUCAGGCACACCAACAAGCUCAGGCACACCAACAAGCGCAAGCACGAGCCGCACAACAGGCGUCUGCCCUUGCACAGGCGCAAGCCAGAGUAAACCCCCAAGAGCAACAGUGGAUAUUGAGGCACCGAUUGACGCAGCUGCAGGCAACGUACGACGGAACUUAUCGAGCUCAUCUUGAAACCACCAGAUCUAUGCAGGCCGCGCAAGCUGCAGUUUCGUCAUCACUACCAGGCACGCCUGACAAUCAGAAUGCGAGGGCUAUUCAUGCCAGAUUAUCUACAGUGCUGAAGGAACAGGCGCUGCAGCUGGCUCGUAUCAAGAGUGCGGCUGAGUCUACCCAUCUUCUCCUGCAGCAUUCAGUGGCAGCUGUACAGGGGCAACAACAUCAAGGACAGGGGCAAGGUUCAAUUCCAUCUCCGACUGCGACAGGAAACGUGUCUCCUCACAGUCUCACUCAGGUCGAGGCACACUCGCCGAAACAGACUUUUGAAAGCUCCAUCCCACCGGCCAGUUCCCCUUCUCCUGUUCACACGCCUGAGAUCCCACUAUCUGCACCUGCAGAUCGCAAGACUUAUGGAAACUCUGUACCGGACAAGCCCGGGAGUCCCCUGGACACUCGGAGAGACCUGAGCGCCACAUAUGAGACUCUGGAUAUGGAUGAGCAAGGGGGAUGGGAAACCGUGACAAGAAAGGCCCAAGGGCCAGCUGGGGAAAUGCAGGAAAACCAGACAGAUACUGCCAUCACAGAGUCUCUGCGAACGAACGAAGCUGAUACUCAGCAGGUGAAGGACGGUCUAGAGGUCAACGCACGCAGGGUCACGGAAGGGGCUCAGACCGGAAACCUAGCUUUCCAGCCAGAGGCGGAGCGGAGAUCUUUGGAAGCAACUGAGGAUGAGUCACAUGAUGUUCUCAGUGAUGCAGGGAAACCAGCGAAGAGUGUCAUUGACACAACUCCAACAAUUGCACCAUGGAGUAAAACAAACGCCGAGCAGGGCUCUGGAAACGGACUCAGCCUUCGAGAGAUCCAGAGACAGGAGGAACUACGGAGAAAGGCCGACGAGAAAACAGCUGUAGCUCAGCACGAGCGCGAUGAAACUGCGAAGGCAGUCGCUGCUCGCUGGAAUGUGAGUGGACAGCCAUGGGGGGGUGCCCGUGACCCCUCAAAACAGCAAUCCCUGAGCUUUAAAGAAAAGAUGAGGCUGGAAGAAGAGCAAAAGAAGAAAGCUGCAGGGCUUACCCGCAAUACAGGGCUUCCGGUUCAAACUCAAGCACCGGUGGGAGGUAGUCGCCCCUUAACCACAAAAACUGGAUGGGCCAGCCUCGUGGCAAAGAAUAGCAGACCUCCGCCACCAGUCAGGAAACCUGUUGCUCCAGUCGUCCAUAAGCGUUCUGAGGACGACGCGCCUUUCUGGGAGACAGUCGGUGCGCCGUCUAAUUCGGCAGUGCCGAAUUCCGGCCGUUCUGGGAAACAGAGUUUUGCCGACCGAGUCUCUCAAUCCACACAUGCAACUGCGCCCUCUCGCCCUUCCGCAGCGAAGGCCCCAGUUGCACCACCAUCAGGGACGAGAAAAAUUGCGACCCAUGCAAAAGCAAGCAAGAUCGAAGAAAGAGACACCUCACCAGCCAGGGAGAAUACCGUCAUUGGACGCCGUGUGAGCAACGAAUUUGCAAAGUGGUGCAGUGAGUCUCUAAAGCAACUGACUGGCAACAAGAUACAAGAUACAGUCAUGUUCGACUAUUUAGUUGCUAUUAAGUCUCCAUCCGAGGUCAGGGACACGAUUUUGCAAAACCUCGGUGCGAACGACAAAACCCGAUCCUUCGCAGACGAGUUUAUUCGCCGUCUCGAGUUCGAGCGGAGUAGCGUAGUCGCGGAUGCUGGUAGUGGAGGCGCCGGUAACAGGAAGAAGGGUCGCAGGCAUCGCACCGCAAAAGUAGAUCCAAGUCUCGUACUUGGGUUUACGUCGACGAGCUCAAGAAUUAUGCAAGGAACGAUUGAGACUCCAGAGAUGAAAUAACUAGUUAACUCGAAAGUAUAAACCGUCCAUUUUCGUGAA